CACGAAACAGAUCAUCAUUCGCAGAAUCUCCGACACAGCACAAAGUGCCUGUGACUGUGAGAGAGGCUGAAGGCGAAGCAGAAAAUCCUGAAAUUCUCCGACAUGGGCAGGUCUCUUCUCUCCUCUACGGUCAUUCCCGUGAGAUUUCCACAGAUACCCAAAUCAAUCCCGCCAUUCAAUCGAUCAAUCCACCCAAUUCCGCCCACUUUCGCUCCAAAUUAUCAACGCAUUCGCGGGUUUUCUAUUCCCACAAAAACCUUUUGCACAAAGGCUGUAUUAUCUGAAUCUCCCAAUCCCAAACGCUACCCAAAAAUGGGUUCAGAUUCUGUUGGCCCAAUUCCGCCUUCUGAGCUCAUCCAAGUGGUCGAACAUGCUGCCAACACCGGUGCUCAGGUUGUGAUGGAAGCUGUUAAUAAGCCUCGGAAUGUUACCUAUAAAGGGCUCACCGACUUGGUGACUGACACAGAUAAAAUGAGUGAGGCUGCUAUCCUAGAAGUUGUAAGAAAAAACUUUGGAGAUCACCUCAUUCUUGGGGAGGAGGGAGGGCUCAUCGGAGAUACUUCUUCUGAUUAUCUCUGGUGUAUUGAUCCUUUAGAUGGAACAACAAAUUUUGCACACUGCUAUCCUAGCUUUGCAGUUUCUGUGGGAGUUCUGUUUCGAGGCAAACCAGCUGCUGCUGCUGUGGUGGAGUUUGUUGGGGGCCCCAUGUGUUGGAAUACCCGUAUAUUUUCUGCAACCACUGGUGGGGGAGCAUUUUGUAACGGGCAAAAGAUUCAUGCAAGCCAAACAGAUCUGGUAGAGCAAUCUCUUCUAGUGACUGGGUUUGGUUAUGAGCAUGAUGACGCAUGGGCUACCAACAUAGAUUUGUUUAAAGAGUUUACUGAUGUCAGCAGGGGUGUGCGCAGGCUUGGUGCCGCUGCAGUGGACAUGUGCCAUGUUGCUCUUGGGAUUGUAGAAGCGUAUUGGGAAUACCGUCUAAAACCAUGGGAUAUGGCUGCUGGCGUUUUGCAGAUAGUUGAAGAGGCUGGUGGGACAGUUACCUGCAUGGAUGGUGGCAAAUUUUGUGUAUUUGACAGAUCUGUUUUGGUAUCCAAUGGUGUGUUGCACUCAAAGCUUUUGGAGAGAAUUGGUCCUGCGACAGAAAAACUGAAGAAGAAAGGGAUUGAUUUCUCAUUGUGGUACAAGCCAGAAAAUUACAACACAGACUUUUGAAUUCCUAGGAAGUCUGCUUUCUUUGCUGGUUGUAUGAGAAAGAUCUCCUUGGCAAUCAGAGAUGAAGCAUGCUAAGGAAGGGCUUGCUUGUCCUGCUAAAGAGGCCAAGGGCAAGGCUAAGUACAAUUAUGAUAAAGGGGAGGUGUUGAUGCUAUUUGGCUGUUAUGAUGCUGAUAAAUGUGGAGAAGAAGAUGAUAUCUGUACUUAGCAUUGUUUCCUGACACUAGGGGUUAUGUAAUGGUAUUCAGAUCUGUCCAUUAUGAUGGAUGUCUUAUGUCUAGCACUUUUACUAACCCCAUGGUACUUUGAAGUGGACAAAGAACAUAUGAAACAUUAGGGGGAACUCCUUCCUUCCAAACAUGGAAUCCCUUAUCUCUUAGAGAACCAAGAGACCUUGUUUGAACUUUCCCAUUAAAAUAUAAAAAAUCCUCGGUGGACUGAGUUUAUUAUUCA